AAAUGAUGUUGAGUCUCUCACAUAUCUUUCUAUUUCUUCUGGUAAACAUAUCAGUGGUUGAAGUACUGGGGGUUGAUAAAUUUAGCAGAGAUGACUUCCCACCUGACUUUGUGUUUGGUUCUGGGACCUCUGCUUAUCAGGUUGAAGGUGCAGCAAAUGAAGAUGGGAGGGAACCUAGCAUAUGGGAUUCCUUUUCCCAUUCUGGGAAAAUGCAUGGAGACAAUGGGGACAUAGCAUGUGAUCAGUAUCACAAAUACAAGGAUGAUGUCCAGCUCAUGGUGGACACAGGUUUAGAGGCCUAUAGAUUUUCUAUCUCAUGGUCAAGACUUAUUCCAGAUGGAAGAGGACCUGUCAAUCCAAAGGGUCUACAAUAUUACAACAAUCUUAUCAACGAACUAUCCAGCAAUGGAAUCCAGCCUCAUGUUACAUUACAUCACAAUGAUUUCCCACAGGCACUGGAAGACAAGUAUGGAGGAUGGCUUAGUCGAGAAAUGGUGAAAGACUUCACGGCAUAUGCAGAUGUCUGCUUCAGGAAUUUUGGUGACAGGGUGUUACAUUGGAGUACUAUGAACGAGGCCAAUGUGUUCGUAAUGGCGGGCUAUGAAUCGGGAUUUCUGCCACCUGAACAUUGUUCUCCUCCAUUUGGCAUUAAUUGCACCAGAGGCAACUCCUCAACUGAGCCAUACUUGGCAACUCAUCAUAUCUUGUUAGCACAUGCAUCAGCUGCUAGAUUAUACAAGGAAAAGUACCAGGACCAGCAGCAUGGAUUUAUAGGAAUCAAUCUCUUAGCUUUCUGGCUUCUUCCUCUAACAAACAAAACUGAAGAUGUUAUUGCCGCUCGAAGAGCCAUGGACUUCCAGAUUGGUUGGUAUGCAGAUCCCUUGGUUUAUGGAGACUAUCCUGAUGUAAUGAAAAAAUAUUUAGGCUCAAGACUUCCAGCCUUCACCAAUUUUGAAUCAAAUCUGGUUAAGGGUUCAUUUGACUUUCUAGGAUUAAAUUACUAUAACAUGUUGUACAUCAAGGAUGACUCCAGCAAACUAAACAUGGACGUUGGAGACUUUGAUGCAGACAUGGCAAUAGAGUUGACAGCUAUUCAAAAUGAUAUAUCAGUAAAUAAGUUUUCGAUUGAGCCUUGGGGUUUGCAAGAACUGCUGGAGUAUUUCAAGCAAGCUUAUGGAAAUCCUCCUAUUUACAUUCAUGAGAAUGGAUACAGAGCACUACACAAUUCAUCAUUGGAAGAUGAGCCAAGGGUGAACUACUUGCAUGGACAUAUUGGGGCUUUGCUUAAUGCACUGAGGAAUGGAUCAAAUACGAGAGGCUAUUUUCAAUGGUCCUUCUUGGAUUUAUUUGAGCUAUUGGGCGGCUUUGAAUCAAGCUAUGGCCUGUACUAUAUAGACAUGGAUGACCCGGAUUUAAAAAGGCAACCAAAGCUUUCUGCUCAUUGGUACUCCCAUUUCUUGAAGACUAAAGGUGUCAGUUCAGAUGGGUUUACCAAACUUGAGGAGAAUUUGACUGCAUUUUCCCAUGCUCACUUCUCUCGGUAGAUUCUUCCAUUCCUUGUUGCAUAAUGGUGUGCUAGUAU